CCUCAUCUCACCUCCGGCACAGACACGGGCACGGCAUUGAGCAACUCUACGCAGCACCACAAUAGGACAGGACAAGGACAAUGUUCGCCCUCCGCACCGCCCUCCGCACCGCCGCCGUGCGUGUUUCCGCCGCCCCCACUCCCGCGCUCACCCGAAACUUCUCGCUCAUGACGCUCCGCCGUCCCACCGUUUUCGGCGCUGCACCGGCCGGUUUGGCCGCGCCGCCGACUACGAUCACGGGAGUCAUUGACACGCUCGCAUCGCGCAUCAGUGCGUCGCCCGCGCUGCAGGCGCUGCAGGUCCGCAACGGUCCUCGCGACACGUUCGAUCCGUCGCACCGGGUGCGCAAGAGGCGUGCGGGAUUCUUGACCAGGAAUGGGUGCAGGACUGGAAGGGCUAUCCUGAAGAGGAGGAGGCUGAAGGGGAGGAAGAACUUGAGCCAUUAAGGUCGGACGGGCAAUGAAUGCGUGUGGGAGGGAUGUGCGAAUUGUAUUUGUAGAUCAUGAUGGUUGGGAUACUAGAGGUGGUGUUUCUUUUUUGAUCGGCUUAUGAUACAUGCGCCCCCUCCCCCCACUUCCGUCUUUCUAUGUAUAAAGUACAUUUCGAGA